AUGCUGCCCUCAAUUUCAGUCUUGCCUCUCCUCGCGGCUUCCGUUCUUGCGAUCCCCAAGCCUCAAGCGGACACCACCGCCUGCCCAUCCUCAUCCUUCGCCAUCGACUUCGGCCCGUCGCUCUCCGACAGCCGGACGGGAUAUGCCUGGAACGACCUCACAGACUGGAUCCGCGCCAUCACAAGUCUCGACAUCGACACACCCGAGCGCGCGACCUUCCAGGUCAUUGAUAACCGCCUCUACCCUGUCCUGAACAGCACCAUCUUUGCCACCGUUGCUACCGAGGGAGGGACGAUGAAGUUCGCCGCGAGCGAGAGCGAUGGGGUCGCCGCCAUCGUUGCGACGGUUAUCCCGGGCAGCGACGGGAAGUGCCGUCUUUCGCUGGUUUCUGGUGCGAACAAAUAUGUGAGCAUGCAGAAUUACAAGGGCUGGAUGCAUCUCACAUCUGAUCCUGAGUACUCAUCACGGUGGUGGGGCGAGGGCCCUUUCGAAAUGGUACCAUUUCCUGCUGCUGUCACCACACGCCAAGAGUAG